UUCAGUGCCACUCAUGCAAGGCUGUAGCCCGAUAUAUCACACCGCGGAUAAACAAUAACAAUUACUCGUGGAUCUCGCGGUUGUAUCACAAUUUUAUUAUUUAAAAACAUUAGCGCAAUUAGAUUCGUUGUAGAAUUUGUUGGGAUUGUAAAUUAUGUGUUAGAGACUCCGUAGUAAAAAUGGAAACGUGCGUUCUAAUUCCGCAGGAGUUCAGUUUGUGCGUCAGGAGUACGGGAAUAGGCAGCAGGAGCAGCCGAGAGCCUGAAGUGUCCGUGUGGUCCAAUACCGAUAUUGCACAAGGAACAUUAUGUUAUCCUUUUCAAGGGACAAUCAGAAUCGAUAAACUCGAAGUAUACGGACAAUUGGAUGAUGACGAUAUUCGACAUCGGUUCGGCUGUUUCGAUGAAAUCUCGCUCACAGGAUCUCGCAAAGUACGCCAAUGCAAUUGGGUUAGAUUUUUAAGGGUGGCAAACGCUUUCAACCCCGGCGUGAAUUUCGUCGCGACCAAGGUUAGAGGUGAGCCCGUCUACGAGGCAGUCAAGCCCAUAGCGCCCGACACCGAGCUUCUGGUGUACUACCUACCUGAAAGGCCAGAAGAAUUGUUCUUCGUCCGAAUGCGAGCGUCGUUGUACAGACAGACCAUGGAUUCGAUAUUAGAAGAUUCCCCUUUGGACUUGUCUAUGUCUCUUCUAUCGCGAGCAUUGAGCAGUUCACCUCCCUCCGCCGAAGACGAGCGAAAGUCCAUAUCGGGCGAUAGCUCGGCGGCGAGUUCGCAGGGAGACCUCCCGGAGACGGCGGUGCCGACGCCGAGGACGCGGCCGCGCGAAAGGACCCUCCUGCCCUGCGGCGUGUGCAACAAAGCCUUCGACAGGCCAUCCCUGCUCAAGCGACACAUGAGGACGCACACAGGCGAGAAGCCUCACGUCUGCAUGGUCUGCGGCAAGGGAUUCAGCACCUCAUCGUCGUUGAACACCCACCGGAGGAUACACAGCGGCGAGAAACCACACCAGUGUCCCGUAUGCCUGAAACGGUUCACGGCCUCCUCUAACCUUUACUAUCAUCGCAUGACACAUAUAAAGGAUAAACCGCACAAAUGCAGCCUUUGCAGUAAAUCCUUCCCAACUCCGGGCGAUCUUCGAUCUCACAUGUACGUCCAUUCGGGCUCUUGGCCCUUCAAGUGCCACAUUUGCUCCAGAGGUUUCUCCAAACACACUAAUUUGAAGAAUCACCUGUUCCUACAUACUGGUAAGCCAAACGGAUCGCGUAAAGGUUGAGUUGUUUUAUUCGAAAUAAAUAAACGUUGAAAAACUCGUAAGUGAUUUUAGUUAAG